AUCCUCAGAGGCACCAUGACGGGAAAGGAAGGGGCCGUGUUGUCAGAGAGUUUGAACAAACCCAAACCUGGUGAAAACGUAGGAAAUAACAACCAGCACAUGGCAAAGAGCAUUACAUCACACGCACCCAGGUGCACGGGUUUCGGCAUCCAGGAGAUUUUGGGGCUGAAUAAGGAGACCUCCUCAGCACCACGGAGUGCGUUGGACUCAAUCCACGGGGGCGCGCACCUGCUGGCCGCGCGUUCUAUGCUCGGUCCCGCUGCUGUCGGAGUCGGUAUGGGAUUCAUCAGUCCUGGGGGGAUUCAUUCCUUCUACAGGCAGCCCGCUUUUCUAGAGGUGCUGUCAGACGCACAGAGCGUCCAUCUGCAACCCCUCAACAAGUCAGCAGCCCCACAGGAGGCCAGCCAGUCCGCCAGCUCAGAUUCAGAUGAUGUAUCCUCAAGUGAACGAAAAUCAUCGAAGUCCUCCCUGUGCCAGAGCAAAAAGCGAAAGAAAAGGAGACACAGAACAAUAUUCACGUCUUAUCAGCUGGAGGAGCUGGAGAAAGCUUUUAAUGAAGCUCAUUACCCUGAUGUGUAUGCCAGAGAGAUGCUGGCUAUGAAGACUGAACUCCCUGAGGACAGAAUACAGGUCUGGUUCCAAAAUCGUCGAGCUAAGUGGAGAAAGAGGGAAAAAUGUUGGGGCCGCAGCAGUGUUAUGGCUGAAUAUGGACUCUAUGGGGCCAUGGUGCGUCACUCCAUCCCUCUUCCAGAAUCUAUCCUAAAAUCUGCCAAGGAUGGAAUCAUGGAGUCCUGUGCCCCCUGGCUAUUGGGCACUUCUCUAAAUCCGAAUCCUCCACCGUUCUUUGCAGGGAUGCACAAAAAAUCACUGGAGACGACAUCAGGACCAUCAACCCGGAAGCCGGAUAUCCCUCAGCAGCCAAACAAUGCCAAGUCAGACGAGGCUGAUGCUGAGGAGAGGAGAAGUGACUCACCUAUGUCUAAAGAGGAACUGAGGGAGAACAGCAUCGCUGCUCUCAGGGCCAAAGCACAGGAGCACAGCGCCAAAGUGCUGGGGACAGUGUCCUGUGAAAGACUCGAACAUAUAACAGAGACCGAAGAGCAGGAGGGAAAGUCCAAUGGAGAACACUCCAGAGAUGAGGACAGCCCCUAAGAUGUGCACUUGGUUAAACAGGAUUGUAUAUUGCUGUUUCUUUCCUUUGAGCAAAUCUGGGUUAAUUUCUUUUCUGUAUUUUCACACACUCCAUUGAGGCAAUUAGUCAUACUUUUCAGUACUUAUUUAGAUCAGAGAGAAUUAGUCUGGUUAUUUUGAUUAAUUGAUAUGUUCACAUUUUAUGAGAAAAUACAACAAUUAUGAUUUCAUAUGGUUUAUUUUUAUUUUUAUAAUAUGUACUUGCCACCAAGUGUAAGGAACAGUAUAGACCAACCAUGGCAGUUUAAAAGAGAUUAACAAUGGAUAAAAAAGCAAUGUAUACAUAUUUUACCAUAUUACUUAUCUACUAUUUUAAGGGCCGUUUUAAUGUUUGUUAUGUUAAUGUACAUUAUUUUUGGACCACUUAGUGGUUGGUUCAUAUGCCAUAUA